CUUCCAGCGUGAACUAGUGUGCGAUCAGCCUCCGUCGCGAGUGGUCCUUUGUCGCUCCGUCCUUCCUCGCAGGCAUCACGCAACAGCUCCCCAGGAUGACGAACCCGAGCCUGAGAGACGGGGCGAGCCAAGGCGCCGCCUCCGCCUCCAGGGACGUCUCGGAGAAGGGCAAGAAGACCCACCUCUCCGCCAAGCCGCCCUUGCAUCGGAACAUCUCACGGGCGCAGCUCAAGGAAUUCCGCGAGGCCUUCCGUCUGUUCGACAAGGACGGCGACGGCACCAUCACGAAGCAGGAGCUGGGUCGCUUCAUGAGGAACCUCGGCCAGUUCGCCACCGAGGAGGAGCUCAGGACGAUGCUGGAUGAGAUCGAUAUUGACGGCGAUGGCACCUUCAGUUUUAAUGAAUUCGUCGAGAUUGUGUUCAACAUGGGCGGUGCAGGAGACCGUCCGGCGGAGGAUGAGGAGAAGGAACUCAGGGAUGCCUUCAAGAUCUUCGAUAAACACGGCCGGGGUUACAUCUGUGCCAGCGACCUGCGGGCUGUGUUGCAGUGCCUGGGAGAGGAUUUGUCAGAAGAAGAAAUUGAAGACAUGAUUCGGGAAGUAGACAUUGAUGGAGAUGGACGCAUCGACUUCGAGGAGUUCGUCAAGGCUUUGGGCGAAAACGAGGAGGACGAGGAACAAAGAGAGGACGAUGAUGACGAGGAAGAGGAGAAGAAGUGAACAAAUCAUCGCGUUCAGCAGUGUACUUAGUUUUAAUCUGUGUUCAGUAAUCAUGAUAAGGAUAAGUUUGUGAUUAUGUGAGGAACUGCAAUGCAAUGUAAAAUAAAUGAUAAUGACAGCAAAUCAAAAGAAGAGUUUAUUGUAAUUAUGAUGAUGGUAGUGGUAAUGAAAUGAUGAUGAUGGUAACUUUAAUGAUAAUAAUGAUGAUGGUAGUAAUGAUAAUUAUUAAUUAUUAUAAUGAUAAUGAUUACAAAAAUGCUAAUAAUAAUAAUGAUAAUAAUAAUAAUUAUUAUUAUUAUUAUUAUCAUUAUUAUUAUCAUUAUUAUUAUUAUUAUUAUUAAAACAAUGAUGAUGAUGGAUAUCAUAGUAGUAAUGAUGAUAAUGUUAAUCAUCAAUUAUUAUAAUGAUAAUGAUUACAAUAAUGAUGAUAAUAAUAAUAAUAAUAAAAAUGAUAAUAAAACAUUGAUGAUGGUGGUAAUAGUAGAAAUGAUGAUAAUGAAAGAAAGCCAAUAAUGAUAUUGAAGAUAAUAUAAUGUAAUGAGACGGAUGACAUAGUUUGAAUAAUGAUGGUCAUGAUGAUAAUAUAUCUUCUCAAAAAAAAGAAAAAAAAGUGUUGCAAAUAAUGAGUAUCAAUAACAAAUUUUCUCCUUUCUUUCUUAUUAUGUAAUUACAAAAAAAAAAAUUGUUUAUGUAUAUAUCUACAUGAAUAAAGAGCUGGGCAGAAAUGGCUUCUGGUUUAAUGAUAUAAGAGAAUCAUACUUCUAUAUAAAUUCGUAUAUGUCUGUAUAAAAUGUUGAAUGUUGAUGUUGGUGUUAUGAUUUGUGACUGUGUUCCUGGUAUAGAAAUCGUCCUUCUGUGUUUUCUUGUUAUAUUGUAACUUUCUUUGCCAACGGAAUUUGUAACUGUUUUUCUUGGUAUGUCUGCAUUAGACGCACUUAAAUUAC